UCAACAAAAGCUUGCUUGAAAUAUUUUCCACCACAUUUCUGGAGCCAAAAUAAAAGCUCACGAAGAAGCAGAGCUCUACAACUACACACAAGUUUAAUGAGGGAAAAACAAACAGAUAAAUAUCGCAUCUCCAGCCACCAGCUCUAAACACCAACGAGGAAGAGAAGCUUCUGGAGCCUCGUGUCUGGACAACACAUGCCAGGGAGGGGUAUAAAAGCCCCACAGCCCAGAGCACCUCAUUCACUCACUCACUCACUCCCUCGCUCACUCACAUCUCCCCCACUCACCUCCUCCACACCCCAACAUGGCCGCAUCCACCAUGUCCGUCUGCUCCAGCGCUUGCCCCGACUCCUGGCAGGUGGAUGACUGCCCAGAGAGCUGCUGCGAGCCCCCCUGCUGUGCCCCCAGCUGCUGCGCCCCGGCCCCCUGCCUGACUGUGGUCUGCACCCCAGUGAGCUGUGCGUCCAGUCCCUGCUGCCAGGCGGCCUGUGAGCCCAGCCCCUGCCAAUCGGGCUGCACCAGCUCCUGCACGCCCUCGUGCUGCCAGCAGUCUAGCUGCCAGCCGGCUUACUGCACCUCCUCCCCCUGCCAGCAGGCCUGCUGUGUGCCCGUCUGCUGCAAGCCUGUCUGCUGUGUGCCCACCUGCUCUGAGGGCUCCUCUUCAUGCUGCCAGCAGUCUAGCUGCCAGCCGGCUUGCUGCACCUCCUCCCCCUGCCAGCAGGCCUGCUACGUGCCUGUCUGCUGCAAGCCCGUCUGCUGCAAGCCUGUCUGCGGCAAGCCUGUGUGCUGUGGGGCUUCCUCUUCAUGCUGCCAGCAGUCUAGCUGCCAGCCGGCUUGCUGUGCCUCUUCCUCUUGCCAGCAGUCCUGCUGUGUGCCCAUCUGCUGCAAGACCGUGUGCUGUGUGCCCACCUGCUCUGAGACUUCUUCAUGCUGCCAGCCGGCUUGCUGCACCUCCUCCCCCUGCCUGCAGGCCUGCUGUGUGCCUGUCUGCUGCAAGCCUGUGAGCUGUGUGCCCAUCUGCUGCAAGCCCGUCUGCUGUGUGCCUGUUUGCUCUGGGGCUUCCUCUUCAUGCUGCCAGCUGUCUAGCUGCCAGCCGGCUUGCUGCACCACCUCCUGCUGCAGACCCUCCUCCUCCGUGUCCCUGCUCUGCCGCCCUGUGUGCAGGCCUGCCUGCUGCGUG